GACUUUGCUGUCUGCAUCCCCCGGUAGUGUGUCUACAGUCUGUAUAACACGCGUGCUUUUGUCACUCUGCUUGCGUACCUUUCUGGUCGUGAUUGUUGGCUUCUGGACUGUUUUCCGGAUACUUCAUCACAGAUUUAAACUGUACUAUUUAGUAUAUUUUCGUUCCAACCGUAGUGGUCAAUGAACAUGCCUCGUAUCAAACGUACAAGAUUCCAAAUUGAUGGCACCUCCUUUAUUCUGCGUGCAGUUUAACCUCAUCAUUUUAGAUUGAGUGUGCCAAUCUCCUGUUUCCUCUCUAACUCACUGCGUUUGUAACCUUGUUUGAUACUUUUGUUUCAUAACAGUAACCUUAUACGGACUCGUCACAAAAAAAGCUUGAGUACACCAUUUUAUCGAGCUUUGUGUGCUUGCUACUAAUACUGCUAUGUCGCAAUCAUUGUAGUGUAUUAAAUAGUAUUUCAGCUGAGUCUGUGUACUAACAUAUCAAUAUAUAGUCGCGUUAUUAUAAUGUAUUUUUAUUGAGCGGUAAUUUAGCCUGCUUUUUAUUUGAAUUACUGAUAAGAAUGGUGGUCGAGCUGAUAAGAGAAACUGUGGUGGUAGUUCACACUUUAGUUAUAAUCAAACCGUGCUUUGGUUGUCGAUAGGAUUACACGAAAUAGUAGCAAAGUUUUCUCGGAAUAGGGCUACGUUUCAUCUUAAAAGUCUAUGUUUUAUCGCUCUUAUUGUUGGCAGCUUUGUAUACUUUGAUGAGUUUCCACCCUACUGUAUAGUAGUAGUACAGUAUAUAACAACGAGCAUUUGCCUCUGGACAGCACAUCGAAAUAUAGCUUUUAAAUGUGGUCUCCUGCCCUCCCCAGAGUGUUUGUAUAAUUUAAUAUAUCUGCGGGACACCAUUUCGUGCGUGUGUAUUUUCCAUGCCGUUUUAGCUACUCAGUCAUAACUUUUACUUCAAGAAAUAUUCAAGAAAUAUGGAUUGAGGAUUGUAUAGUUGAAGACCUCUGAUCAAUAUCAAUGUAUCUCCUAAAUGAAAGAUAAAGGUGUGAACCCCUCGGUUUGUGCUGGAUGCCGGUGCCCCAUUACCGAUCAGUUUAUCCUGCGCGUAGCCCCCAAUCUGGAGUGGCACGCUUCCUGUCUGAAGUGCGACGACUGUAAUAAGUUCCUGGAUGAAAACUGUACCUGUUUUAUCAGAGAGGGAAAGCCGUACUGUAAAAAGGAUUUCGUCCGGUUCGGUGCAAAGUGUCAUCGAUGUGAUCAAGGUUUUUCAUCCAACGAUUUUGUGAUGCGAGUUCGAGAAAAUAUCUUCCAUCUUAGCUGUUUCCGGUGUAAUAUGUGCUCAAGGCAGCUGGUUCCUGGCGAAGAAUUCGCUCUGUUACCAGAAGGAUUAAUAUGUGGAACUCACAUAAAGCAGCAACAUCACCAAGCCCCCAUACCUCACGAACCCUUACCAGAAAGCAAGCCGCGAUCCACAAACACAGGAUCGAGUGGUGAACAGAAAACAACGAGAGUCAGGACGGUCCUGAACGACAGGCAGCUGCGUAUAUUACGCACGUGCUAUAACAAUAACCCGCGACCUGACGCCCUCAUGAAAGAACAGAUGACUAAACUCACUGGCCUGAGCGCGAGAGUGAUACGAGUGUGGUUUCAAAACAAGCGUUGUAAGGACAAGAAAAAAGCUAUCGCUGCUGCUUCGGGAGACGAUGUCAUUUCAAGUUCAGUAGCAGAUAGUCCUUCAGAAGACAGACUCAAAUCAGGCAUGGACGGAUUGAAUGAAAAAGAUUUCUCCAGUCUUGAUUGCUCGCAGAUAGACUUUAACAACUCCUCAACCAGUACCAGUCCAGCUCUGUCUGCUACAGGUGACACCUACUCAAUGUACGAUGCAACCAAAGAUUCGAGAUCACUUUGGAACACAGGAGACUUCAUUCCUUCCUACACCCAGGACGAUACAGUGUCGGGACAUUUGAGCAGCAGUUUUGAAGACAACAAGUGAAGUAAUCAGAGUUGGACUCUUGUUUUAGCGAUUCGAUCGAAUUUCGAUAAAGAUUUUGGAGUGAUUUGUAUAUAAGUUGAAGUUGAGUCAACGCUGUGAUUAAAUUGCAUUGAAGUGUGACUGUGAUCUUUAACUACAGAUUGCACAGGUUUGAAGAUAAUCUUGUUGCUCGCCCAACUUUAUGUAAAUCAUGUGGAAGUGCUCUUAGUCUUACUAACUCGGGCCAUUUUUUGACGCUGAUUCUGAACCACUUCCAAUGAUAUAGGUUACAAAUACUUCCCUUAGCGAGAAUCUAUCAUGUCAGAUCUGGCGACGAAUGCAAAUUAAAAAUUAAUCUUAGGGAUUGGGAUCGAUCUUCGGAAAGAGUAAGGGUUGAGGUUAGGGAUUUCCGAAAAUCUUUUCGUUUGGCCAGAAUACCAUAAAAACUAAUCUCACGUGACAAUUUUCGGGCGAGCGAUUUAGUUAGAGCCUGAUCUUGUAGUUGUAGAAUUAUCUUGAUGAAGAUUGAAAGAUUCUUUGACAAACAUUUGGCAUGAGGUGCUUUAUAUGUGUAAUUUUAAAUUGUAUAUUUUAUUUCUCUACAUAUGUUAACUGAAUCAUUGAA